ACCCCACUUACCCUACUUACGUUACGGCCCCGGAGUCAUAUUAAUCUACGUACAAGGUACGAGUCAGCUUUAGACCAGCUUCAAGGCCUAACACAUACUCCCGCCACACCAUCAGCACUCGCAAAUACCAACAUAUAUAUUUAACUCUCUAUCCUUCUGUGGACACCAUAGUUGUUGUUCAACUUCAAACUUAUGCCUAAGAGAUCUUAUGAUACAUCAUCCGCAAUGGCGGCCAACCAACGAAUUCCGCCUGUCAAGGUCCAAAAGACAGAGCGAUCUCACGAAGAAAACCAAGAGAGGGCAUACAUUGCUGCGUCAAGAAGGGCUGAUCGAAGCUUAGAGGCCAGGGUACAGUCCGCUCGUCAGGCAUCUGAAAUUCAUCGAAGACGAACAGGGCGAGGCCUCAAAGUCAGUGAAGAAAUUGUCUUGAAGGAAGAGAUGUACGAGGAAGAAGAGGAUGAUAUACCGCGCCACUAUAAAUAUCUUACGGCACACCUACAAACGAAUUCGCCAGACAUGAAUCACCGGGUGAAUGCGUACAUCACGACACAGACGGCGAUGGCUACGAUGGCUCGGUAUCAGGAAAUUAAUAGACUUUUCAGUGAAUCGUUUCCAAGUGCGAUGGCAAACCAGCAGCAACAGCUCAACAGUUCUGCAUAUAUGGCCUCGCUUAUGGGCAAUGACGGAGGAUUCCCACAUAGAUUAUCCGUAUCUGGAUCUAGCCAGGAUUCUCCUUCCACCCGGACACAUUCUGUCUCUUCACAGUCGUUAUUUGACGGGAUCGACAGGAGGGGUUCCGCCACGGUUGGGAGUCCGGCGCCCAAUUCAGCUACGACUAUAUCAUCGCCACCAGCCCUAACGCCUACAUCCUCUUCGACAGAUGCUGAUGCAGCCGAGUCAAAAGCCACGCCGUACCAGACCCCAUCGGCGUUUGCACCCCUUCAUCUCGAUCCGCAGCUAGCGCAACAGUCAACAUCGUCUUCUGCGUUCACAUCUGAACUGCCCAAUGAGGUCAAGAUGAUGGCUAACAUCGAUAUGAAUGACCCAAUGGCGAUGCAUUUCAUGGGAGAUCCUUCAACUUAUCAAAUGUUCGGACAAUUCCCUACCAGUGAUUCUACAACGCAGGACGAAAGCUCGAGGGUCGACAUAAAGCAGGAAGUCCCAACAUUUUCACCCCACGAAGCCCAUAUCCAGGAUGAUGAUAUAUUUUCCACGUCGGACAAUUCGAUGGUUGAUAACACACUAAACCUUCUGGAUUUUAGUGGCGAGGGUUAUGACCAAAUAGGCACACCGAUUGGUGGAAUAGGGGGCGAUGGCAACUGGGAGAGCUUCGUUGACUUCGGAUCGGAGCAAUAAUUGCCCCCAUUCUCAACCUAAUUCUCCUUAUCUACACAUAAAAAUUAAAACCUUCUUCGGAUCGACCGGGCACUCAUGCCAUUGGAGAUACCAUGCAACAUGCAUUUUCUUCUGUACCUAUCAGGGUUUCGGUAGUUACUGGUUCGGCUUGCAUGAAAGCGUUCUCUACUGGGCUCGGCGU